AUGAAGCUUCAAUGGGCCGGGAUCCUCCUCGGGGCUUCCGUUGGGGGAGUUAAUGGUAUGGCCAAAUACAUGCACGAAGCUAUGAGAGGAGAGCGUAUUUCUGGCUACGGCAAAUCCGACAACCCCUCCUGGCUACCGGAGUUCAAAGAUGAAUCUCGUCCAUAUCAAGGCCAUCGAAUUCCCCGUACAGAAUGGACCUUGACAUGCAGCAGCUCCGCUCCCGGUUUCCCAUGCAAAAAUGCGAUUGACGGCAAGAGCACUACUGCUUGGCGCAGCGACUCCUCCGACAAGGGACAUACUUUCAUUGUUGAUCUUGGAGCGUGGUAUCAAGUGGGUGCCGUCGUUGUCCUUCCUCCAACUGAUACGGACACGGAGGGCCUCAUUACCCAGCACAAGAUCUGGGUCAGCGAAGAUCAUGAAAAAUGGACGGGGCCUGUAGCCUAUGGAAUGUGGCCCAGUGUAAACAGACAGCGAAUGUCUGCGUUUGAACCAUCAUCUACCAGAUACUUGAGAAUUACGACCGAUGCCGACAAGGAAAAUCCCUGGGUCGGUAUCGCUGAACUGAACAUCUAUGGAACUCUGUACACCAUCCCUCGUGACCCAGCUCUCGGUGCCUGGGGUCCAACUCUUGAUUUCCCUAUUGUCCCUGUCUCCGGUGCCCAGGAAGGAUCUGGCAUGCUUGCUCUUUGGUCGUCGUGGGCCGAUGAUCAAUUCCACUCGACCCCGGGAGGCAAGACUGUCAUGACCCGAUGGGACCCGUUGACUGGCGACGUCUCUAAGCGCACUGUCAGCGAAACCCACCACGACAUGUUCUGCCCCGGCAUUUCUUAUGACGGUACCGGCAUGAUGGUUGUAACUGGUGGCAAUGAUGCUUCAGAGACUAGCCUCUACGAUUCUGUCAAUGAUGAGUGGAUCCGUGCAACAGAAAUGAAACUUCGUCGUGGAUACCAGGCGUCUACAACUCUCUCCGAUGGACGUGUCUUUGUCAUUGGAGGUUCAUGGGCUGGAGCUUCGAAUGUCGACAAGGAUGCCGAAGUUUACGACCCUGCUACCCGAAACUGGACUAUGCUUCCUGAAGCCAAAGUCAGCGCUAUGUUGACCGAGGAUAUGGAAGGUCCUUGGAGAGCAGAUAACCACGGAUGGCUCUUUGGCUGGAAGGAUCUGAGUGUCUUCCAAGCCGGGCCUAGCAAACAGAUGAAUUGGUAUUCCGCUCGUGACAAUGGAAGUGUUAAGGCGGCAGGAUAUCGCAUGCAGGACGAGGAUUCCAUGUCCGGCAAUGCAAUUAUGUUCGAUGCCGUGAAGGGAAAGAUCCUUACUCUCGGUGGCUCUCCUGACUAUGAUAAAUCGUGGGCCACCGACGCCGCCCAUGUUAUCACAAUUGGCGAGCCUGGUACACCGCCCAAGGUUGAACCUGCCGGAAGAGGAGGCGCUAUGCUCUAUGACCGUGUGUUCCACACUACGGUCGUUCUUCCCGAUGGAAAAGUCGCCAUAUUUGGCGGCCAGAAGUUUGGUGUUGCCUUCAAUGAGGAAAACGUCCACUUCAUUCCUGAAAUCUAUGACCCUGAAACCAAUACUUUCAAUAAGUUGCAACAGAACAAUGUUGUGAGAGUGUAUCAUACCGUCUCAAUCCUCCUCCCAGAUGCUCGGGUUUUGAAUGCAGGCGGUGGACUCUGCGGCAACUGCACGGCCAACCACUAUGACGGCCAAAUCUUUACUCCUCCCUACCUCCUUACUGCCUCAGGCCAGCGCCGCCCCCGUCCUGAGAUCUUGUCAGGCUUGCCAGAUAGGACCUUGGUUGGUAGCACCCUGAGAUUCAAAACCUCCGGGCCUAUCUCAACAGCUUCCCUGAUCCGUCUGGGCACCAACACCCAUACUGUCAACACUGAUCAACGCCGCAUCCCACUUGAUGUUACUGCUACAACAUUCUUCGGAAACACCUGGAAAACUACUCUGCCAAAAGAUUCGGGUAUUCUCAUCCCUGGAUACUGGAUGCUGUUCGUUAUGGAUCGAGACGGAGUGCCUAGUAUCGCGAAGAUCAUGAUGAUUGGCGUGGACAACAGGAAGACCAUCCAGGCUGCACAGGAUCCGCUAGGCAUGAUUGAGGAAGAGAACGGUGAGCCUGAAUCAUUACACACUUUUGGAAAUCUUGAAAACUGA